GCACGACGGCAUAAAAUAUGAUGUUUGUGGAUUUUACAUGUUUACCGCUUACAUUAUCAAAUAUUACUCACCCAUUCAGAUAACAGUUUUCAGUGACAGUCGUUGGGCGGUUGCCGGUUGUUUCUGUUGACAUUUCUGCAGGUAUAUCAAGUUUAGAACAGUUUUAAAAUAUUAACAUACUUGCCGGAUUUAUUAAAUAUUUUAAUACCUACAUACAUUGGUACAUACAACUGUAAACAUGAGCGACAAUAUAAAAAAUAUGGCACUUGCUACAAACAGUUUAGAAGCGCUAAGUUUAGCUAAUCAUGAUUUUUCGUUGUCAUUAUAUUCAAAAUUUAACCAAAAAGAUGGAAAUAUAUUCUAUUCGCCGUUUAGUAUACAUUUAGUAAUGUUUAUGGCCAGCGUUGGAGCGGCUGCAAAAACAUUUGAUGAAAUAGUUAACACGUUGCAUUUGACCAAAAACAAUACUGCAUUGGAUGCAUAUAAGGAACUAUUGGAAAACUUAAAUGAGAAUGAUGUUCUAAAAAUUGCUACUGGAAUGUUUGCUGAUAAUUCAUUUAAAAUAAAACAAAGUUAUUUAGAAAAAACUGGAAAGUAUUUACAAUCGUCCUUAGAAAAAUUGGAUUUUAAAGGCAAUCCUGAAGUUCAGCGUGUAUAUAUUAACGAUUGGGUCCAAAACAAAACUAAUGGAAAAAUCAAGGAUUUGUUUCCCGCAGGCUCCAUUCAGGCAGAUACUAAUUUGGUAUUGGCAAAUGCUGUGCAUUUUAAAUGUGGCUGGAAAAAUGAAUUCAGCGACACACAAGAUGAGCCUUUCUUUUUAACCCCGGAAAACCAAGUUAAUGUAAAGAUGAUGAGUCUCAGGAAAGACUUGCUUUAUUAUCAUGAUGGUGAUUUGAAAUAUGCUGCAUUAGAAUUACCAUAUAAAAAUUUUUUUUUUAAAAUGAUUAUUUUGUUGCCCGACGCUAAAGAUGGUUUAAAAGACCUGGAGAGUAAUUUGCAUAAAAUCAAAUUACAUGAGCUUUCAAACAAAAUGACUACAUAUAAUGUUAAUGUAAAGUUGCCGCGAUUCAAACUUGAACAAACGUUUGACCUCAUACCCGUAUUAACUGAACUCGGGUGUACAUCAAUGUUCUCGCAGAGUGCAAAUUUUUCUGAAAUUUAUGAAUCGACUUCUGACUCUUUGUAUGUGAGCAAAGUUAUCCACAAGGCUUAUAUUGACCUAGAUGAGAAAGGAACUGAAGCAGCAGCUGCUACAGGAAUGCAGUUACAAUCUAACAGUAUUAGUUUUAUAAGGGAUGUGCCAUUUGUAUCUUUUAAAGCAAAUCGACCUUUCAUAUUUGUGAUAGAAACCAAAUCGCAUAUUCCGUUGUUUGUUGGCAAAGUAAAAAAUAUGCCUUAAAGUUUUAACUGGUUUAAUGAUAUGGUACGCAAGCCCGAAAAUGACACUUCAUGUUAAAUAAAAAAUAGAAGACAAUUAGAGUAGGAACACAAAUUUAAAUAAUAGAAACCCAACCGAGUAGUAAAUAAAUUCAAUGGUCAAGAAUAGUUGAACGAAGUGGAUGGAUAAUGGGAGAAUUUUGUCUGUGAAUGUUAGGAGGGAAAUGUGGAAUCUAAAACUGUAGUGAAAAACAAGAUCAGUUUCACCAGUCUUGGUUAUAAGUAGUUAAAUACCAUAGUAUUAUAUUAGCUUUGUGUUAAAAUUUGGCGUUUAAUGAAAUAAACGGUUUGACGUUACAAGAUAUAACUGAUUGUUUAAGAUAUAAUGAAACAAUAACAUUUACACCAACUAUAUAGCAGUGUGGUUAACAUGUGUGCUAAAUAUGUAUGUAUUUUUUAUUUGAUACAAGGAAAUUAUUUUUAUUUGUUUAAUUGCUUGCAAUCAUAUAAAAAUCAACCGGUCUUUAGAUGUUUUUCAAAAAAGUAUUUAAGAAAUUACAAAUAACAAUUUGAAUAUAUUUCAAUUUGUAAUUUACUUUAUGGCCUAUAGCAUUGUUGUAAUAAUUAUUCACGUUACAUAUCUCUUCUGUUACCACCUAUGAGAUGAUGCAUUUAUUAUAACAUUUUACGACAUUUCAAAAAUUACACCAUUAUAUAAUAUGUCAUGUUU